CAGUGUGAGGAGUAUAUGUGGGAGGAGGCAGGGGGAGAGGGAGAGCAGGAGAAAGAAGGGGAACAAGAAAGGAAAAGAGCAAGCAGGGACUGAGCAGUAUGUUUGGCGUGUAAAGAGAUAAAUAUAAAGUGAAAGUGUGUGAGUGUAUUGCAUUGUUGCAACAGUCUCUUUACCAGACUCCUCUUAUCUCCUCCUGUGCUGCACAACUUGGACUGAGGGACCAUGCAGCAGAGGUGGACCCCUUCCUGGCUUGCUGCUGUCCUGCUGGGGCUGAUGGGACUCCUGGUGUCCGGCUCAGACUUCCAGCAUCACCGAUUCGAGGACAUGGUGCGAGCCCUGUUUGCAGUGCAGAGCGAAUGCCCCUACAUCACGCGCAUCUACAGCAUUGGGCGCAGCGUGGAGGGGCGCCACCUCUACGUGCUGGAGUUCAGUGAUAACCCGGGCAUCCAUGAAGCAUUGGAGCCAGAGUUCAAGUACGUGGGCAACAUGCACGGCAACGAAGUGCUCGGCCGUGAGCUGCUCAUUAAGUUCUCCCAGUUUCUGUGUGAGGAGUAUCGGGCCGGAAACCAGCGGAUCAUGAGGCUGAUCCAUGACACGCGCAUCCACAUCCUGCCCUCCAUGAACCCAGAUGGUUACGAGGUGGCUGCCAGACAGGGUCCAGAGUUCAACGGCUACUUGGUGGGUCGAGGGAACGCAAGAGAGAUGGAUCUGAACCGGAACUUUCCGGACCUGAAUGCGCUCAUGUAUUACUAUGAGAAAACCAACGGACGAAACCACCACCUGCCCCUGCCCGACAACUGGGAGCAACAGGUUGAACCAGAGACCUUGGCAGUCAUAAAAUGGAUGCAAAACUACAAUUUUGUCCUGUCGGCCAAUCUCCACGGAGGAGCUGUGGUGGCCAACUACCCUUUUGACAAGUCGAGAGAUCCCCGCAUUCGAGGGAGGACCACGUAUGCAGCCACUCCGGAUGACAAAAUCUUCAGACAGUUGGCGAGGACCUACUCGUACGCUCACAGCUGGAUGCACAAGGGCUGGAACUGUGGGGACUUCUUUGAUGAGGGGAUCACCAACGGGGCCAGCUGGUACUCUCUGUCCAAAGGCAUGCAGGACUUCAACUACCUGUACACCAACUGUUUUGAGAUCACCCUGGAGCUGAGCUGUGAUAAGUUCCCUCCAGCAUCAGCACUGCCUAGAGAGUGGCUGGGCAACCGAGAGGCACUGGUUUCGUACCUGGAACAGGUGCAUCAUGGGAUAAAAGGCAUGGUGUAUGAUGAAAACAACAACCCUAUCGGCAAUGCUGAGAUUGCAGUAGCUGGCAUCCACCAUGAUGUGACCAGCGGAGUGGAUGGCGACUAUUUCAGACUCCUGUUACCAGGCACCUACACUGUGACUGCGUCUGCCCCGGGUUACCUCUCCUCCACCAGCACCGUCACAGUGGGACCAGCUGAGGCCAUACAGCUUCAUUUUUACUUGAAGACAGCACCAAAACAAAACCCCAAACCAGUGAAGCCCCACAACAGCAAGAAGAACCUCUCGUCUCCGAAGGCCCCCUUAAAGCUCGGCCCUAGAUGAGACAUGGACAAUGAUUUAGACACCACAUAAACAUGGUAAAUGACCAUAAUAUAUGUAUGUAAUUUUACCUUUGUAGUCCUAUGAUUAUGUAUUUCAAACCUCUGGUGUUUUUGUUUGUUUUUUGUUGAUAAAUGUAAACUGUGUGUCUGUAUUAAGGAAAUGUUGCAAACCUGGUGUAUUUAUGUAACAGUGUUGAUUUGUAUGAACACAGCUAUCCUGUCUUUGUAAAGGACUUUUUGGAUUUUGAUUUCUAUAAUUUGAGGAAAAUUGAAAUUGAAAAUAAAAGACUGUUUUAAUUUACCA